CUGGGGGCGCCGGCCGGCGGGGAGAGGCAGGCAGAGCCACGAAGCCCCUUCGAUCUGUUGAGGUAGCAAAGCGCGUGGAUUUUUUUUGGGCUCUGGAAAUCCACAGAGGCGUGUCAUGCACGAGCAGCACGGGCAGCACACGCGGCCUGUACUGCUCCAGAGGCGGAGGAGAACACGGCGACCAUGGCAAAGACUGAACGCACAGACGUUGGACGUUGGUGUCUAUCUUGGUCACCGUUCAUCUUGGUCACAGUUUAUUCGGGGAGCAUCCUCGCACAGUGGCGACGGCCAGACCAUGACCAAGACAGCCGUGGACAAGAUCUCGCAACAUCAUUAGGCAUGGCCGUCGCGUUUCUUCCUCCGAUCCAUCCUUAGGGCAGAUGUUCGACAGCGUCUCAAGAGCACGCGGCACCGCCGCGUUCCUGGAGGCCCGCAAGAGAAGGUCUGAGCGACGGGGCGCACAGGGGGCGAAUUCGGAGGAGACAAAGAUAAAUCUCCAGGAUGUACAGGUGGUGGACCUCGCAGCGCCGAGGCCGCACAGGGUGUCUCUCCCCGGGUGCGCCGAAAAGGGGGGCCGGCGCAUCACCGACCGAGGCAUGUGCUCAUCGUGCUACCAUCAAGGACGCCGAAUAAGGAACGCAGGGGCUCUUCUGGCCACGGCGAACAUCGGCCACGAAUCAAUUCAUGGUUGAAUGCCAGCGAUGGGUCGCCAACAACGUUCACCGUGGAACGGCGGCGGCUGGGUCGCCGCACGACAUGACGCGAGAGUACCGUACAGUCAUCGUGCUACCACAAGGGGCGCCGAAUGGGGAACGCGGGGGCUCUUCUGGCCACGGCGAACAUUGGCCACGAAUGGGUUCAACGUUGAACGCCGGCGUUGGGUCGCUGGAAGCGUUCCACGUGGAACGCAGGCGGCGGGGUCGCCGCCGGUCGACACGACGCGAACCUACCGAAAUUACGAGGGGGAGCAAGG